AUGACCAUAUUUGCCAAAAUUUCUUCAGGAAGAUGGGACUGGAUUUCCAAUCGCUUCGCUGGCAUUUGGAUAUGGUUCUUGGACGAGCACUCCUGGUCGACACCAACCAAGAACGGCGGCAGGAAACGACCUGAGAAAAGAAAACGAGCACAGAAAACGGAGUAUGGAGGGCCUGCCGAGGUCGCUGAUGGAGGAGAGUUGGUGACAAUGUCUCCUGGGAAAAUGGUGAAGGCAGGGCCGGUCUGGGCUCGGCCGACGGGCCACGAGGGACCGACGGGCCAUGAGAGACCGGCGGGCCACGAGGGACCGACGGGCCACGAGGGACCGACGGGCCAUGAGAGACCGACGGGCCACGAGGGACCGAAAAGCCAUGAGAGACCGACGGGCCACGAGGGACCGACGGGCCACGAGGGACCGACGGGCUACGAGGGACCGACGGGCUACGAGGGACCGACGGGCCACGAGGGACCGACGGGCCAUGUGAGACCGACGGGCCACGAGGGACCGACGGGCCAUGUGAGACCGACGGGCCACGAGGGACCGACGGGCCAUGUGGGACCGACGGGCCACGAGGGACCGACGGGCCACGAGGGACCGACGGGCCACGAGGGACCGACGGGCCAUGUGAGACCGACGGGCCACGAGGGACCGACGGGCCAUGUGAGACCGACGGGCCACGAGGGACCGACGGGCCAUGUGAGACCGACGGGCCACGAGGGACCGACGGGCCACGAGGGACCGACGGGCUACGAGGGACCGACGGGCCACGAGGGACCGACGCCCCCCGCCGGGCCAGCGACCCGCGAUCGGGUCUUGGCUCUAAGCGAUGGAAGUUUUAAUCGGACGUAUGCACCAUCAGUGAGAGCAAAAAAAGUCUCCUCAAAGUCGACCAAGAGAAGUUGA